GUGCCGUGCGAACGUGUAUUUUCAUUCAGCAAAGAAACAUGCACACUCCGUCGAAGCAGACUCUCACCACGAAUAAUAGAAGCACUCCAGAUUCUCAAGUUUUCUUACAGACAGGAGAGACUAUGUUUCACUAGGGAUUUGAUUGCAAAAGAGGAUGACUAUCGGAUUUCGGGGCCUGUGACACGAAGGGCUGCAGAGGAAUUGAUAGUUACGGGGAAGUUCGACGAGCUUGCUGAUCUAUUACAAAAUGUCGACGAU